CUAAAAUCAAUAACAGUUUACUAUUUCAACGGUAACACACAGGUCGAUCUUGUUUUGUGCAAAAAUUUUGGACACGCUUUUACUUCAGCAGAUCAAAAGAAGAAGUUUGAUUAGUUUAAAAUGAAGUACUUCAAACGAUCGUUUUUAAUUGUAAUGCUUGUUUUGCCGUUUAUGCAUUGCUCAUCUGGUUCAUUUAUAAAACCUGGGAAACUUAUAAAAUCUCUCUUUGAUGCUUAUAAAGGAGGACAUUCCAGUACAGAACAUGUCGUAUUCGAAGAAGAUGUUCCCGUUUUUGAAGUUCCUGCACAAGUUGACUAUCAUAUAGUGGAAGAAAAACCUAUAGCAGAACCCAUUGUAGAACCUGUUGUGCAAGAGGUUAUUUUUGACAAACCGAACAACUUCAAUUCGGCAUCAGCAUCAAUCACUCACGAUUUAGCUAGUAAAAGUCAAUCGAUGGUCGACAAAGUAAAAAAUACGGUCGCGACAGCUAAAGAGGGGAUCUCAGAAAAAAUUAGCGCCAUUACAUCCAAGUUCCACAAAAGUUCUCCAGUUAAUAAUGUUCAUAGUGCCAUCGAAUUGCCAGCAACUGCACCAAUAGUUCAAAGUGAACCAAUAGUUCAAAGUGAACCAAUUGCACCAGAAACAAAAUUAUACUUUUAUCCAAUGCCAUAUCAAUUGUGGCCCAACUAUGCUCCACCAGCUCCACAUCAACAGUCAAUUGUACAGUCUACGUGGAUUGAGCCAGGUAUAAGAUAUCCUUUAAAAUCUGGUGAUUAUUUGAACUCAUUAGCAGGUUUAUCGAUUAAAAACGGCGGACAAUGGUUAUCUAAGGUGCCAUGCAAAACAAAUGCCCUCAAAAAAAUAGAGCCAAUCAAAUAUCAGCCAUACGCUCCUUACUACAAUGCAGUAAUUACCAAAACCUCCGGCACAUCACUACCUAUCGAUAACAACUUGUGGACUCAAUAUAUCCAAAACGGUGAUAAACCUACUUUGAACAAUGCGUACGAAAAUGUCAACCACAACCCACAUAGUCUCGGACCCGUAACAUUUGAUAAACAACAAGAAGAUAACGGCUCAGCAAUACAGUUCAGAGGUGAUAUACCAGCUAUCUAUGAAUCUUUAUCAGGAUCAAAGCAACCUGCCGUUGUAAUAUUACCAGAUUCAAGCGACAAAAGUGGCCAAAAUGAAAUAAUCAUACCGGUAAGUGAACAAUCAGAAAUUUUAAGUUCUCAUGAUGUUAAAUGAAAGGAGUGAAUAGAAAAUGUUUUUGUUAGAAAUAUUUUAUUUAAAAUUUGUAAAAAUAUUGUAUUUAAGGAUUUAAUGUUCACUUUCUUUUUACCAUCUAGAUUUUAAAAUAUUUUUAAAUUGUACAACAAUUUAGUUCUUAGAAAUUUUUAUUUCUAAUAACAUGAAAUUUUAUUAUAACUCCCAUUUUUAUUUGAUGAUGUGAUAUUAAUUAACGAUUUUUUAAUAUUUAAAUCACUAAAUACUUUUGUAUAUAAAUUAGCUGUUUAAAUUGAUAAAU